CCAUCACGGCCUCAUCAUAUCAACCCCUCAAACCCCCAAGUCGCAUUAUUCCUUUUUGAGUUUUAGACUUGAGUGCAUAUAUCAAGGGUUUAAACCACCAUGUUCCAAGCACUCAUUUCCCUUGACUCCAACCAAACAUGGGCCGUCCUCUUGGGCUUCGUCGUGGUCCUGUUCAUGGGCCGAAAAGCCUGGGUUGACUACAAAAUUCGCAAGACCGGAGGUGUCAGGUCUUCCGUGCUGGCUACAAAUCCCAUCACAGGUUUCCGGUUCUUCGUGAGGGCUGGCUUCAUGCAAGCACGCGAUAAGCUCGACAAGUUCUACGAUGAGUUCUACUACUGGGCUACCCCCGAGUGUCCCAACUGCGUCGAGAUCGCCUUCUUCGGUGGCGUCCGCUUCUUGAUGACUCAGGAGCCCGAACAUGUCAAGACAGUACUCACCUCCAAGUUUACAGACUACGGCAAAGGACCGGAAUUUCACGAGACAUGGAGCCCUUUCCUCGGGGACAGCAUCUUCACAACCGAUGGUCAACUGUGGUCGGACAGCAGGGCUCUGAUCAGGCCCAUGUUUAUCAAGGACCGAGUCCGUGACCCCGAGAUCUUCGACAAAUGGACCAAGACCCUCAUCGACAAGCUCCCAGCCUCUGGUCAAACCGUCAACAUCAUGGACCUCUUCUACCGGAUGACACUAGACGUCACCACCGACUUCCUCCUCGGCAGCAGCGUCGACAGCCUCAACAACCCCAAGCACGAAUUCGUCGACGCCUUCCAAGAAGUCCAGCGCAUCCAAAUGAUGCUCACCAUCCUCGCCCCCUUCCGCCACCUGAUCCCCAAGUACCGCUACAACCGGGGCAUCUGCAUCCUCGAGCGAUUCGUCGAGCCCUUCAUCCAACGCACCCUCGCCCUCCCCCUCUCCGAGCUCGAGGACCUCUCCAAGUCCUCCUCCGACUUCACCUUCCUGCACUCCCUCGCCCGCCGCACCCGCGACGCCAAGGUCAUCCGCGAUCAGCUCAUGGCCAUCCUCCUCGCCGGCCGUGACACCACCGCCGCCACCCUGUCUUGGACCAUCUACGAGCUGGCGCACUACCCGCGCGUCUACCACAAGCUUCGCAAUGAGAUCCUCGCCGUCGUUGGACCCUCCCGCGCUCCCACGUACGAGGACCUUAAGAGCAUGACGUACCUGACCCAUACCCUUAACGAGACGCUGCGACUGUAUCCUGCCGUCCCAUACAACCUUCGCGCUGCAUUGAAGGAUACUAGUCUGCCCGGGAUCAAGGGACAACCGGAUAUCACGGUGUUGGAAGGCGACAUCGUUGUGUACUCGGCGUUGAGCAUGCAGCGGCGACCGGAUUUGUAUCCUGCGGUUGGUGAGAUCGUUGGAAAAGGGGCAAAGGGACAGCCGUUUGAGGAUCCCAGUGUCUUCAGUCCUGAUAGAUGGGACUACUGGACGCCUAAAGCUUGGAAUUACGUGCCGUUUAAUGGGGGACCGAGGAUCUGUGUGGGACAGAACUUUGCUAUGACCGAGAUGGCGUUUGCUUUGGUCCGUCUUCUACAGAAAUACGACCGGCUCGAGUACAGGGGCGAUUGGCACGCGCAGUACCACAAGGCUGAGAUUGUCGGCGCGCCGGGUCAUGGAGUUCCUGUUGCGUUUUUUGAAGCUCAGGAGGGCGAUGUUGCGUGAUUUGUGUUAGUCGAUGUGUAUUCAUUGGACUGUAGGGCCCUUUUUGUACAAGGGGCUUCGACGAAGUCUUCGUAUUGUCCCUUCCUCAACGUGUUUCCGUUCACUAGUCGUUCUAGAAGCCGGAAGUGCCUGGGUCAUAUUCUGAUGAAGAUGUAAUCACACUGCAUCGUUAGGGUGAGAUCGACA